AUGAGUGGUUAUCGUGGGGUUGCAACCAUAGUACUUGAGGUUAUAGCAUCUUCAGACCUUUGGAUAUGGCAUGCGUUCUUUGGAGUUUUUGGUUCAAAUAAUGAUAUCAACGUGUUAGAUCAUUCUCCAGUGUUUGAUGAUAUUCUAAAUGACCAUGCUCCGGAAGUAAAUUAUACUAUUAAUGAUAAUAAUUAUAUAAUGGGAUACUAUUUAGCAUAUGGUAUUUAUCCUGAAUGGGCCACAUUUGUCAAAUCAAUCUCAAAGCCACAAGGUGAGAAACGCAAGUUAUUUGCACAAUACCAAGAAGGGCAAAGAAAAGAUGUGGAACGAGCAUUCGGAGUGUUGCAAGCACGCUUUGCAAUUAUACGUGGUCCAGCUUAUUUUUGGAAAAAGAAUAAGCUUGCAAACAUAAUGAGAGCUUGUAUUAUAUUGCAUAAUAUGAUUGUUGAGGAUGAAAGAGACAGUUAUGUAGGAAAUUUUACUCAAGACUUAGAGUAUGAUGAUGUUGAAAAUGGCAUAUCACAACUUCAACUGGGAGAGGAAGAUUUUGCACCAUACCAUUAA